AUGUCGCUGACUCCCAGAAUCUCAAUUUUCGAUCCUGAUGCUGAUACCGUCGUACUGCCCGGUCCACUCCAGGCAGAUCUUGCUGAUGAGCCUCACCUCGACCAAGCACCAGCUAACCAUCCCAUCGUUGGUACGGGACCCAUCAAUGAAGAUUCCGCUGAUAAUGCUCCCGAGCAUGACUUCGCUGGAGACGAGCUGUCAAAGGCACAAAGCACGAAGGCUCCCAGAAUGCAAGUAUCGUCGAAGCACCUAUCACUGGCCUCCAAAGUGUUCAAAAACAUGUUUGAGGACUUCUCUCAUGGCAACAAGAACACGGCAUUCGUUGAUCCUCCAGCUGAUGAUGUUGAUGAAAUGCAAAUUCCAAUGAACGUUGUUCAUAGAUUGACGAGAUGGGUUUUCACGCCACCUGAAAUUGCAAAUUUUUGUGGAAGUCACAGGUUUGAUAGAUAA